CCUUUACUCCCCUAUAUUUAGUAAUGUGGUGUUCCAAAAAUGUCGAGUCCAGACAGGUUGCAGAACGCGAACCCUCAGCUUUACGGGCGCACUUCUGAGCGUGAGGUGACCCCAGAGGAGCUGAAUGAAGAUGUGGAGGAUGCGAUCGACGCCAGGGAAAUAUUUGAUCUUGUCAGGUCCAUCAAUGACCCUGAGCAUCCUCUGACCCUGGAGGAGCUGAAUGUUAUUGAACAGUCCAGAAUCACGGUUGAUGAGGACAACAACCACGUGUCAGUAGAGUUCACCCCCACGAUCCCGCACUGCAGCAUGGCCACACUCAUCGGCCUGUCAAUCAGAGUUAAGCUGCUCAGGGCUCUACCAACCAGAUUCAAGGUCGAUGUACACAUUACACCAGGUACCCACCAGUCGGAGCAUGCAGUAAACAAGCAGCUUGCAGACAAAGAGAGGGUUGCAGCAGCGCUGGAGAACCAGCAUCUCCUGGAGGUGGUGAACCAGUGUCUCAGUACCAGGAACUGAACUGUACAAGUGUCUCAGUACCAGAAACUGAACUGUACAGGUGUCUCAGUACCAGGAACUGAACUGUACAGGUGUCUCAGUACCAGGAACUAAACUGUACAGACUGUAUUUGCUAAAUCACAGCUUCUUGUUGUAAUGUAAACAGAUUUGUAUAAUACUGAUAGCAGGACUCAGGAUGUGGAAUGUGUACUGCAAGGAAUUCUGGAAGGGUUACAUAGCUUCCUCUGGACAGGACUUUUCAAGGAGGAUAGCAUAGCUAGUUUUUGACACUAGUUAUAGUGUAGAUAAUCAUAAUCAUCUGUGUCACUGAUCUGUGUCACUGUUUGUUUUUUACACUACAGAGUAAAGUUUCAUGAUUGUCACUGCAACAGUAAUUACUGCUCUCAUUUAAGCAGUUCUGCAUGGUUAGAUACUUUUAUUUGCUUGUAAUGUGAUCUCUGAAUAGUCACAACUGUGAAGAAACUAGAUUGUCAAACAAGAUCAUCUCAAACAAGAUCGGUAAACAUCUAAAAAUUUGUGCAACAGAGGUUGGAACUGUAUAAAACAGCAUUGAAAAAAAUCCAUGUAAAAGAUUUUUAAUUUGUUUUAAUACAAAGUGUAAAUAAAGAUGUAUUUAUGGGAAUAUACAGUACAACACUUCUCAACACGUCAAAAGUGUUGCCUAACAACCAUGAGAACCAUAUUGCAGGUUGGGACUAGCAGAUUGCUGCAAAAAUUGUACUGCUAGGUAGCGUCACUGAUCUCUGGAUGAAAUGAGGAGUGUAAACCCAAUCACACAGUUAGGCAGAUUAACAUCUAUGUGUUCAAGUAUGGACCUUUGGGAUGGUUCAAGAUUACAGAUUCCUGAUACUGAAA